UCGUUGUGGAGAUCAUAUGACCAUAUAUUUAUAUGUUGCUGCUACUCUUCUAUUGGUGGGAGUGUGUCCUGUUUCACGGAGAACUUUACACUCAUCGACUGCUAUAGAAAGUGUGUGAUAACCGGCUGAGACCGUCCAGGAAGAGCUCUGCACUGCAGCCAUGUACUUGUACCUCCUGGGGCUGGUGGUGUUCUACUACCUUUACCGCUGGGUCAGGGAGCUACCCAGGGUCCCCGACAAGGGCAGCAAGUAUGUGUACAUCACAGGCUGCGACUCUGGCUUUGGCAACCUCCUGGCCCGCCAUCUGGACAAGCAGGGGUUCAGGGUGAUCGCCUCUUGUUUCACCGAGAAGGGAGAAGAGGAUCUGAAGAAGUCCUGCUCCAGCAACCUGAUCACAACAUACCUUGAUGUUCGGUCUAAGGACAGCGUUGCCAAGGUUGCAGCGAUGAUCAAGGACAAAGUGGGGGAGCGCGGCUUAUGGGCUGUGGUGAACAAUGCAGGCGUGUCCGUUCCCUCCGCCCCGUGUGAUUGGCUGACCAUAGAUGACUACAAGUCCAUGCUGGACGUGAACCUGAAUGGAGUGAUCGCGGUGACCCUGAGCGUCCUGCCGCUAAUUAAGAAGGCCAGGGGGAGAGUGGUGAAUGUAGCCAGUGUGUUUGGGAGGAUCAGUGUUACAGGGGGCCCGUACACUAUCUCCAAGUACGGCGUGGAGGCCUUCAAUGAUAGCCUCAGGUUAAAUAUGGCACCUUUCGGAGUCAAAGUCCUCUGCAUCGAGCCAGGCUUCUUCAAAACAAACGUGACUGAUGUUGGUAUCCUGACCAAGAAUGUCAAUAUGGUUUGGGAGAGAAUGCCCCAGGAGGUCAGAGACGACUAUGGAAAUGAAUUUCUACAGAAGUCGUUGGCGGUGUUGUCAGACAAAGUUGCAAAGAUCAGUGAUGGAGACCUGAUGAAGGUGGUCAGCUGUAUGGAGCACGCUGUAUCCGCUGUCCGGCCCCGAACCCGCUACUCCCCAGGCUGGGACGCCAAGUUUUUCUGGCUGCCACUGUCCUAUAUGCCGACGUGUGUGACUGAUUACAUUAUAAGCAAAGAAGCCAUUCCUAUAGCCAAGCAGAACCAAUAAAUUUGUAUCCAUGAAUGCACAUCUUAUGCAUGUUUUAAACAACUGACAGGCUUUGUGUAGCAAACAAUAAAUACUACAGUUUAAAGAAA